AAGACAAAGAAGCCUCGUGGCUUGUCGCCGACGAACCUCGGAUCCUUCGGCGAUCUGUCGGCAGCCCCACUAGGGGAAGACGACGAUGGUUCUGACAGUGAGAAGACAUCACACCAGACUGUGACCGACGUGUCGCUUUCGAAGCCAGGCUUCACCGAUGAAGACGAGGAGGAUUUGCCACCGCCGGUGGAUCUGCUGUAUCGUGAGAAAAAACUGUUAUUUCACUGUAAGCUUGUAAUGCAGAAACUGUAUCUGAGAAGUGUUUGUCUUGCUUCACAUGCAAGACACUAGAUUUUUAGCUGUGUUUUCCCUUAGGAAUCUCGCAUGGCAAAUUUUCUUUGUGAUGUAGAGCAAACCUGUGAUGCAAUUGCAAAACUUGCAAAAUGAAAUCCUUACAGUGAGACACUUUUUUCGUACGAUAUGCUAGAGGCAGGAACUAGUACUUCUAUACUGGAGACGGCGUCGGUAGUUUCAGGUGGCACGACGACAAAUAAGGGAGAGCAGUCCUCUUCGACAACC